ACUGCGUAUCCCAUAUUAAAACAUAAGAACUUUUUCAUAUGUCUCAUAUGAAAUUUUUAUCGUCUUGUUCUGCACCAAUAUUAAAUAAGUUUUUCGUAAAUAAUCGUCAGAAAGCAAUACAGCGUUGCCAAUUAUUUACGCACGCGCGCCAUUGUGAUCUGUGAUGUUCUAGCACUUCUCUAGCAUGGGCUAGCAUGGCAAGUUGGCAACAUAGUUACAACGGCGCGGCCUCCUUGCGGCUUGCGGCCUCGAUGUUUCUACAUUGUAGUACGUGGUUUCUACCUCAUAGUAUCGUGAAAUGACGGACGCGUAGCGUCCAGAGAAUCUAGUGACAGAAGUCUGUGCAACGCGAUUUAGCAUCGCCACAUUGCAAUUUUUUCUUAUAAAAGAUUGCUUUUCUACAGUGAAAGCUACGUUUCCACUGUUAUAGGCUGUAACCUGUAUUCUACAUUGCGUCCGUCUUUAUGCCACAUUUUUACUGAUCACCAGAGAAUUGUUCAUUAUUUUAGUUGAGCAGUCAAUCAAAAUGAAUACAAAAAUCCGAAGAAUUUGUUGCAUUGGAGCCGGUUACGUGGGUGGUCCUACAUGCAGCGUUAUCGCAUUGAAGUGCCCAGAAAUUCAAGUGACCGUUGUUGAUAAGAGUAAAGAGAGGAUAGCACAGUGGAAUUCACAGAAAUUGCCGAUAUAUGAACCAGGCUUGGAUGAAGUGGUGCGAAAAUGUCGCGGGAAGAAUUUAUUUUUUUCUACUGAUAUUGAGACAGCAAUUCAGGAGGCUGACUUAAUAUUUAUUUCGGUGAACACUCCAACGAAGACUUUCGGCAACGGCAAGGGAAGAGCAGCGGAUUUGAAAUAUGUGGAAAGCGCUGCUAGAAUGAUUGCGGAAGUUGCAACGGGAAAUAAAAUUGUUGUGGAAAAGAGUACCGUACCAGUAAGAGCGGCUGAGAGCAUCAUGAACAUUCUUCGCGCUAAUCACAAGCCAGGUGUUUCCUAUCAGAUUCUUUCGAAUCCGGAAUUUCUAGCUGAAGGAACUGCCAUAGAAGAUCUAGUAAAUGCGGAUCGGGUACUGAUUGGUGGAGAAAAUUCGCCAGAAGGACAAGCAGCCAUCGAAGAACUUUGUAAAGUGUAUGAACAUUGGAUUCCAAGAGAAAAUAUUUUAACAACUAACACAUGGAGCUCAGAACUGUCGAAAUUGGCUGCAAACGCUUUUCUCGCUCAACGUAUUUCUAGUAUCAACUCAUUGUCAGCAGUGUGCGAAGCUACGGGUGCCGACGUGUCCGAGGUCGCUCGAGCGAUCGGACUUGAUUCUCGAAUCGGUUCCAAGUUCCUUCAUGCGUCGGUCGGUUUUGGUGGUUCUUGCUUCCAAAAAGACAUUCUAAAUUUAGUAUAUAUCUGUGAAUGCCUAAAUUUGCCCGAGGUGGCGGCAUAUUGGCAACAGGUGAUUGAUAUGAACGAAUAUCAAAAGUCACGAUUUUCUGCGAAAGUUAUAGAAUCUCUUUUUAAUACCGUGACGGAUAAGAGGAUUACCAUGUUGGGUUUUGCCUUUAAAAAGAAUACAGGAGAUACUCGUGAAUCACCAGCAAUUCAUGUCGCUAAGACGUUGUUGGAUGAAGGCGCUGUUCUUCACAUUUAUGAUCCCAAGGUUGAGGAAACUCAGAUUAUUCAAGACUUGACUCAUCCGAGCGUAACGAAUAAUCCUGAAGAUAUAAAAAAUCGAAUCAGUAUUUAUAAAGAUGCUUAUAGUGCCACAAAGAAUACACACGCGAUAGUUUUAUGCACAGAAUGGGAUGAAUUUAUUGAACUGGAUUAUACGCAAAUUUAUGCAGACAUGAUGAAGCCAGCAUAUAUUUUUGAUGGAAGAAAAAUUUUAAAUCAUGAUCGAUUGCAAAGGAUUGGUUUUGUUGUUCAAACUAUUGGUAAAAAACUCACCAGAUCCGCAAUUUCGAGAGCAUGGGGUAGUCAAACGCAAGUUUAAAAAAACGGACCAAACUAUAAGCAAUACUUCCAAUUUUAUAAAAUACGUCAACAAUUAUUGCAAUAAUUUUGAUGUGUUAAUUCAAACAUAUGUAUGCAUUUGUGAAAGUAGGAAUUUCAUUAUUUUUUAAUUAGAUAUAUUUAUCUUCUAAUAGAUGAUAUCGAUACAGACUGCGCGUCGUAAUUUAGGUAAUCGAAUACAGAUAAUUCGGUUACAUGCGAUGUUUAUUUUAUUUUAGAUUAUCAAUUUAUAUUAUUUUUUAGAAACUGAUGGAUUUAAAAAAAGAUGCAAUCACAAAAUGCAAUAUGUCAUCAGAAAUAUAUUUUAACAAUUAGAAAAUAUUGCAAAAAUAUAAUUUAUAUUUGAGAUAUUUAUCAUAAUUUUUUAUCUAACUGAAUUUUUUUAUUAAAUCGAGUUCUCUCAACGAAAAAUUAGAUCUGUCUAUGAUACUAUGUUUAAAUAUCACUAGGAUACUUAAAAGAAAAGAAGAAAUUAUUACAUUUUUUAAUCUCAAAAUCUUUAAUUACAAUCUUUUUUAUUGUAUUUAAUAUCAAUCUAAUGUGGAAGUUCAAUAGAUUUCGUAGUAUCCUUCUUUUGAAUCAUUUGGGCGAUUUACUUUAAUAGUUGGAGGUUUAUUAAGAUAUGCCAAUUGCGUGACGACCAAGCUUGAUAAUUAAUGUUAACAGUGACUGUAACAAUAGCGGCGUUAUUUGUAAUGAUUAUUUUUUUUUUGGUAACAAUCGUUUUUUUUUUAUCAGUAAUGGUAACAUUGUUAUAUUUUUACAGUGACGGUAACGAAUCUAAUUAUUAUUUUUUGUAACUUUAUGAAUGUAUAAUGUAAUGCUUAUGAUCUAUGUUGACUAAUCAAACCCACUAUACAUUUGAACUGGUCAAAUAGCAACAGACAUUGAAUACAACUUGUGAAAAAGUAACAAAUCGUUACCUUCUAAUAUUAGUAACUUUUUAAAAUCAGUAAUAAGUAAUAGUAAGUUACUUUAAAAAAAAUGAUGAUAACAUUAAUUUUAAAUAACGUUCCUCAACUUUGGUGAUAAUUAAUGAAAAUAAAAACGUAUUAAACAACAAUAUAAUGCAAUUGAUAAAAUGUAUUUGCGUCAUUAAAUAGUUCAGAGAAAUUAAUUCAUUAAUUUUUAUAGUUAAAAAUCAUAUUUUAGUAACAAGCUUUAUAAAAUGCAUAACUAAGGCAAUACUUUUUAUUGCAAACAUGAUGGAAUCAUGUCUUUCUCCAUGUUGCCAAAAUCUUUGUUUUUUAAAAAUUAUUUAAUUUAUUUAUAAUUAAAAUUAAGUAAGUUUAAAAGAAAAAAAUUGCGAGAAAGUCUUGACAGCGCUUGAAGAGUAUCAUCGUGUUUACAGUGUAUUUUCUAUAAAGUGUUAAAAUUAUAGUUUAAAAAUUGAUUUCCAAUUCAAAAUAGAUUAGAUCAUAUUAUUACGGUAUCUAUUGCUUUAAGAUACUAUGAAAUCUCUUGAAUCCUUGUUUUAUAAUUUUAAUCUAAAUAUUUAAAUAUACUAUCAAUUGCAACAGUACAAAAAA